AUGAUGACUCGGGACGACCAGUGGGGUGACUCGGAUGAAAUCAUGCUGGACGGUAAUGCUUGCACUUACCCUCAUGAACGACGACUAUGCUGCCCCCCAAGCGAAACAACUCCGAGCUGUGGUUGGUACUCCUUCAAGGGCGGGGCGUGCAAGGGCGAGUGUCCUGACGGGUACACCGAGGUCGGGUCGAUUGACCAUGGCUGUCGGAGUGGCUACCAGGCAGCCUGCUGCACAACAGAGAACAAGAACAACAAGCUCCUAAACGCCAUGAGGCUCUACGAGACCUGCGCAUGGUCCAAUGCCCCGGACUGCAACAGCGGCAAAUGCACAUUUGCCAACUCGCCGUGGCCAACGGAAUUUGUCGAGUCCACGACCGGCAGCGGCGCGGUAUACUGCUACUCGGGCAUGGUACACGAUGAUGACUAUAAUUUCAGCUUUAGUUCCCAGUCGCGAAAGUACUGCUGUGAUACUUCCAACAAGGCCAUGACCUGGGGCACAUGCACCUGGAGGAACGACGACUUCAACUUCGGAACCGAGGGCAAGACCUGCAGCUCCAACUGCCAUGACAACGAGAUCAGGGUCGCCAUGGAUGGCAAUGAGGAGUGUCAUGGGAAGGACGGCGGCGCCAAGUCAUAUUGCUGCACCGGCACAUACGAGACGACGAGCAAGGUCUUGAAUCCCGUGCUGGCCGGCUACGAGGCUGAUCUCUCUGCGUGGGCGGAUAGUCCGACCUGCGAUGCAAAGACGGGGCUUGACUUGUAUGCCAGGUCGGACAUCUCGCCCCGGGACCAGGGUCAGACCGUCCUCAAGGAUCAACACUAUCAGGGCACCCUUUUCAUCCUGGCGACGAUGAUCCGAGGCACUGGUCUUGCAGGCGAAGCCAUGUCAUCAUCCGUCAAAGCCCUGUGCAAGAUCUGGGACAAGUACAUCCCCGACCAUUGGGAGCACUUGACCUGCGACAAGGUCACCUCCUGGUUCAAUGACAAGGAGGGAAACCCCGCCGCGCAACAACGGAGCCCCGAACAAAAUGGGCAAUUGGCGCUGUGUAAUAUGGACGGUUUCAACGCGAUGCUGAAUACGAGGGCGCGCCGCCUCCCCGAAUGCGAACAUUACGAGAUUGUAGAAGCCGACUAUCUGGCAAAUGACGGCUCCAGCAUCAACGACGGCACCCUUGCCAAGCGAUGGCUCAAUCAGGGCGAUGUCCUGGAUCGGCUUGAGAAGCGGGCGCCGGCCGAGGCGAAAUCGGUUCUCUGCAAUGACGGCAAGGUGAAGAGAAAGAUCAACUACCAGAGCCAGCCUUACCCAAGCGUCGGGGACUGGGCUGAUGAUGCGGAGCCCGUGCAAAACACGGUGGACCUCGUGGACUGGAACGUCUGCCGGAGCUCUGCGGUCAGGACAUACAAUCAGGGGUCCGACCGGGACAAUUAUGCCACCGAGCACAUGUUGGAGCUGGAAUCCAUCCCCAUGUUUAUCAAGUGGGCCGCCAUGAACCAAGACGUCUGCAAAGAGAUAGACUGUCUCUUCUUUGCAGGCUUCUUCAACAAAAAGGUCCUGGACAGCCCUCCUGACAUGCCUGGCCUAGAUGCCUCGCACCAACAAGUCCCCAUGCAGCGCGUGAUGGAGUCGCUGCGCAGCGAGACAAACGCAGGCAACUUUGCCAUCCUGUGGGGAAGCAUCAAUCUAAACAAAGCACAGUUAUGGCUCCAUGGCCAGCCAAGAGCCGACGACACAUGGGAUGGUUACGUGGAGGGAGACCUGAACAAGGCAACUGAAGUUCUCCGCGAUACCAUAGCCGUCUACCAAUACCUCCGCGAAAAGAAAAUCUGGCCCAAGUUCCAAGCAAUCAACAAGGCCGUGCGCGAGGAGAUGCUUCGCGCAGAAGAACAACACAACAAAGACGACAAGGACAAGAAAUCGGACCUGCAGGCCUGCUGGGAUGCCUGGAUGGGCCACCAGCUCAAAUCAUUCGUGGACAAUGGCGAUGACUGGGUGAAAAAGGCCAUUGAGGAUCUGAAAAAGAACUACAAGCCCGAGAAGAGCAAAAAGGAUGAUCCGGAGGGGCACGAGCGGUACGAUGCCUUGACGGCUAUCCUGAACCUUCUGGAAACCGAGGCGGCUGAGGCCAUUAAGCUCUCUAACUUUGAUCUGGGACUGGGCGAUGGCGAUGCGAUGGAUACCUCGGCUUGA